GUGAAAGCUAUAAGCAAAUCUUAAUCGUGCAAUAAGUUUUGAAAAUAAUAUUCUUGUCUUUGCUUAUGAAAAAAAAUACAAAGAAAAAACAAGCAAUUGAGAGGAAAUAAUUACACUUAAAAGCAGAUAUUUAAGAAUUUUAAGACCUUCAAGCAAUGGCAAGUGGUGACUUACUAUUUGAGCAUAUCACUUCAUUCCUUAAUUUUUCAAAUGAAGAGUCAAGAAAGAAGCAGUUUGUUCUUGCAAUCAAGGAUUCAUUAAGUGAUUUAAGUUUUGUUUUUGCUGAUUUUUUAUCAUUUUAUAUUAAACAAGACUAUCCAGUGAUCUUAGUAAAUUUAGCACAAUCCUUUCAUCAUUACAAUUAUAUCUUGUUAAAGUCUGGCAUAAAUUUAAAGACAUUACGCGAACAAGAUAAAAUUAUACAAAUUGAUGUUCUCGGAGAAGCUGAAAAUGUAAUUAGUUGUCCAGCGGAUGUCGUAAAUAAUUUACAAACUCUUUCUUCUGUUGUCUUGAAUUCCAGUGACUCACAUUGCUUAAAGCCUCUCUAUGAAUCUAUUGAAACCGGUUUGAAGAGCAUUUUAAAAUUAAAGCCUAAACAAUUUAUUUUACUAAUUGACGAAAUUAAUGUUUUAAUCAACCUUGGUGUUCCUUUAAAAGCCAUACAACUGUUUAUUCAGAGAUGUUUUGCUUUGUGCGUCAACGGAACUGAAACAGCUGGUCUAUUAUUAGUUGGUGCACUUCAGGAUGGUAAUGACUCUGAAAGUGUUAAAUAUGUGAAUUUCCUUUCCCAUAUUUGUGAUAUCGAGCUUCAUAUUGAAGGUUUAAAAACUGGAUACAGUAAAGAUAUCCAAGGAAAAAUGUCAGUCAAAACUAGAGAUAAAGCCCAUGGAUCAUUUACAAAUCAGAAAUUGUUCUUCAAAGUUGAAGAUAAAGGAGCAAAAUAUUUCACUCUAUCUUCUUGAUUGUUACCAACUUUCUUUUUGUUAUGGACUUAAAGUUUGUUAAUAAAUCUUUUUUAUCCAUUUA